CAGAGUGUCAGACUGGAUAUUUUUUUAAAGUUUUCCUCCCCUCCUCGAGCUCCUGUGGUUAAAUUCUAAGAUUUCCAUCUCUUUGAAAAGUGAAGAAAGGAGCAGCGUUUUAUUAGUUUUGUUGACGUCUCGGGUAGAGUGUGGAGGGAAGGGUGGAUGGUUUUGUGUGAGCUUUAUGUGACGUCGUCGGACUCGACAGGAAUUCUUCAUUUGUUGGGGCCUUCCCUCUGGUGCUGCACUCCGCCACCAGGGACGCUGGACUCUGUUAGCUGGUGAUCGUUGCGUGUGGGCAGGAUGUUGGGUCUUUCAGUGCGCUGGCCGGGAUCGUGGCGCGCGAUGGCCCCGGCGCGGCGGGCGGCCUGCGCGUUGCUGGCGCUGCAGCUGCUGCUCAGCGAGGCGCUGCUGGGCGCCAGCGCCGUCUCCUUCCAUCUGCCGCCCAACCAGCGCAAGUGUCUGCGCGAGGAGGUGCAGAAGGACGACCUCAUCAAGGGCGACUUUGAGCUGUCUGUCACGUCGCCCGACAUCAAGACCGACAUCGAGAUUCUGGAUUCGCGCGGACACAAGUUGUUCAACAAGCAGGACGCGCAGAAGGGCAAGUUCGCCUUCAGCGUGGAGGAGUACGAGAUCAUCGAGAUGUGCUUCGAGACCAAGUUUGAUGUCCCGUAUGGCCGUCCCGCGCCGCCGCCACGUGAGAUCACUUUCAACAUUCUGCACGGAGUGGAAGCCAAGAAUUACGAUGAUCUGGCGAAAGCGGAGAAGCUGAAGCCGAUGGAGGCGGAACUGCGCCGACUGGAGGAUCUGUCGGACGCCAUCGUGGAGAGCUUCAACCACAUGCGUAAACGCGAGGAGGAGAUGCGCGGCACCAACGAGCAAACCAGCAGCAAGAUCCUGUACUUCAGCGUCUUCUCCAUGGUGUGCCUGCUCAGUCUGACCACCUGGCAAGUCAUGUACCUGCGCCGCUUCUUCAAGGCCAAGAAACUCAUCGAAUAAUCCAACCGUUCAAAGUUGGCCGAGAUGUUGAUUAAGGAGUUUAGUAGACGUUCUAUUUGCACACCGCCGCUCAUCUGUUCUCCUGCAGCACCGCAUACCGUCAUUUCCCACCUUGUUUUUAACCGGUUUUAUCUCUCUUUCUGCGUUUUUCUCUGUAUCUUUCGUGAUGGGACUGACCGACUGUUUUACGAGUACUCGAGAAGAGCACUAGCCACUACCAGCGUUCCUUCACUUGCGCUCACGUGCCAGUGGAAUUGGCUAGUCAACUGCAAUUUGAGCAGAA